AUGGCUUACGCUGCUGUAACUUCGCUUAUGGAAACACUUUCUCUAAAUUUCUUGCAAUCAGAACCACCCUUUCCUCUUGAAGAUUUAGAGGCACAGAUCAGAGACGAUGCCAAUCAAAAUCUUGGCUUGCUGCAACAAAUUCUUGAGGCUCAGAUGAGAGAGAUGGAUGUGGACGAAUCGUCAUCAAAGCGUCUUCGUAUAAAGGCUUGCCUCCCCAGGUUUCAUGGAAAGCAGCAGCUUACUUGGGAUAGUAUACUUUUGACUUCUUGGCUCAGUGAGGUGGUUGAAGUGAAACAAAAGAUAGUUUCUCUCCAUCAAAAUCUGGGCUUGCUGCAACAAAGUCUUGAGAAAUCUGAGAUCGCUUGUCGUGAUGCGAGGGUGAUGAAAGAUUUAGAGGCGCAGAUCAGAGAUGCAUCCUUCAAAGCGGAAGAAAGGAUUGAGAUGGAGUUGAGUGCCAUUUAUCUAGCAAAGGGCAAGGGGGAUAGUCUUCAUAUAGCAGCUUGCCUCCUCAGGCUUCAUGAGAUCUUCAAAGAAGCAGAAAAACAGACUGAUUACCAAAGGAAUGAAUUGAUUAGGAUUCAAAUUGAAUGCCAGCAGCUUGCAAAGGUUUCACUCCUUGGUCGGAUCCGACGAAGAGGACUACUACAGCUUGUUAAAGGAUCAUCACUGCAUGAUCUAGUACACAAGAAAAUGAUUAUGAGUAACUUUUCCAAAAAAGCUUCAAAGUUUGACGGUGGAAUGGUCGGAUGCGAGAAGCUGUUUGAGAAGAUAUUGGAUCAGCUGCUCACGCAACAAACAACUAAGGGGAGACAAGUUGUUUCCAUUGUUGGCAUGGGAGGAAUAGGCAAGACAAUUUUAGCACACAAAGUUUAUCAAGAUCCAUCAGUUACUUCUCAUUUUGACAAGCGAGCAUGGGUUACUGUAUCCCAAGAGUUUAACAAGGAACAAAUGCUCCGAUGCCUUCUUGGUUGUGUUACUACAGCAUCAAGAGAUGAACUCCAAGAACAGGGCACUGACCAAUACCAAGAAAGGUUGUAUAAAUGUUUGAAAGGUCAGCGAUAUUUGAUAGUGAUUGAUGAUAUAUGGAACACUACUGCUUGGGAUAAUGUUCAAAGAUGUUUUCCAGAUGAUAAUAAUGGAAGUUGUGUAUUAUUGACUUCUCGACUCAAAGAGGUGGCUAAAUAUACUAGCUCAGGUAACUCUAUCAUUAACAUGCCUUUCUUAGAUGCCGAUGAAAGUUGGAGUCUCUAUUGCAAAGUGUUUGGCAAAAUAGAAUUUCCUUGGGAGUUUGAGCAAAUUGGUAGAGACAUAGUGAAGAAAUGUAAAGGAUUACCUCUAGCUAUUACUGUAGUAGCUAGUCUUCUCUCUAAGACAGAGGAGAAGGAGAAAAAGUGGAAGAAUGUUGCAAAAAGUGUAAUGGGUGAUUCCAAAAUACUAUAUUUGAGUUACAACCAAUUACCCCAUCACUUAAAAGCCUGUUUUUUAUAUUUUGGAAUUUUUGAGGAAGACUAUGAGAUCCCUGUGAAGAAGUUGGUUAGGUUGUGGGUGGCAAGAGGGAUUUUUGAGCACUGUGAAGCAUGUGAAUAUGGAGAAAGUGGCCUUGAAAUGCUUGCAAGAUCUUGUUGA